AUGUCGCAGGCUGGAUCGGGUGGACUGAGCGACACUCAAGGGCAAAACCAGGCUGGCCAGACGACGGACAAUCAGCAGACAACUUGUCAAAACGGCCGCGCCGAGCCGCUCGCUGACAGCGCCAAGCAGGAUCUCUCCAACGGUUUCGAGAAUCGAACGAUGGAUUAUGAGCGAUUCACCCAAGAAAGAACGCAACACGCUCCGCAGGGCCAGGUUCAAGAUCAGCAGUCGCAGCAACCGGCACCGCCAGCACCGCCGCAACAACAACCUGCUCACCCCAUAGCGCAAUAUCCGUCGGGAAGAAGACAAUCCGUAGGGCUGCCAGAAGACAAACACCCUUCGAUAGGUCAAUUGCCACCCCCGCAAUACGGUCAAGACAAGGGCAACGUGGACAGGACUCAAUACGUGUCUCAGACGAGCACUCAGACGGUGCCGGUUCAGGCGCAGCCGCAGUUCGCUCCUGAUUACGAUCAGAGCCAAUAUCCGCAGAUACGCGGCCAGUUCGAAGUGAGGUCGCAGAUCUACCCUCAAACGCAGUACUCCGACCGAGCGGGUUACGUAACGAGGGACGUGACCUACCGUGACCCGAGCCUCUACAGUCAAAGCGGCGCGACUAAUCCGAUGUUCAGCGGGCAAGGUCAAUACGUUACGGUUCAGCACAGCUCGCAGAUACCGUCGCAGUCGGCCAGUCCUCAACCGCCGUAUUUCUCGGGCGUAGUCGUGCCGCAGCCGCCGGGUUACGCUCAGUUCGGCACGCAGCCGCAGUAUCCUUACAGCCAGUACCCGCAGACGGUGAUGAACGCGGUACCGUACAACCCGCACGCGGCCGGUAUGUACCCCGCUCAGCAAUACGGCCAACAGUCGCCGAAUCCGCAGAGGUUCUCGCAGGAGAUCGGCCAAUACCAGACGCAGCCGAUUAUCCAACCGAUCGCUCAGAACGUGGCGCACGGGAUCGCGAUCCAAACGACGGAGCGACCCUGCCGGGGACCGAAGCCGAUGGUGCCGCCUCGCGGUAAUUCCAAAAUCACCCACGACCCGGGCCACAGGAAGUCCGCCAGCGUCGACGUGCCGGCGCUGCAGAAGAGCAAAUACGAGCCGGCCACGACUCCGCAGCAGGACACGAUUCACCGCAGCGACGGCGCUAUUUUAAUGACGGCCGCGCCCAUGGGACCGGACGGGCCGGACCGAAGAUACUUGACCACCAUCAAUCAGAAUCCCAGAACGAGGCAGGAUGGAUUGUACGUGGACGCGAACGGCGAUCAGACGGGCAGGGAGAAACUGGUCGACGCGAUCGCCACGGAGUGCGGCUUAUACGUAUCGAGAUCGGAGCACAGGAAGUCCAUAUCGGUCGACGUGACCACCAGCUUCCAGAGACGCAACGACACGAUAACCUUCACGUUCCCCGGCGAUAGUAAUCAGGAGGUCAUAUCGGGGAGGAAAACCACCACCGUGGUGGACGCUAAGAGAAUCGAGACUAAUCAAGUGUUCCCCGCCGAGCAGAGGAGACUGGAUGCGGGUCUGCGGGUAUCGCCUAUGGCCUUUGACACGAGACAGGAAAACCGGAAGAGCAUCGGGGCGGACAGAAAGCCCGAAUGGGGCAACGUGAGCCCGAAUCAGAGGAACACCAUUCCGCCGGAGAAUAGACGGUCGGACUAUUUCGAGGAGCACCGGAGAUCGCCCAUGAAUCUCGAGGGCAAGAGAAUAGAGGACGUGAGAAGAUCACCCAUGCCGUUCGUGCCGAUACGCGAGACCUCCUCCGACCGUGGCGGCCAAAAGAGCCCUUCUUUCGUCAGCCAAAACUUCGAGAAGACUCGGCAGGAGCUGGCAAUAUGGGCGGAACAACGUCAGCGACAGGAACACGAGAGGAGCAUAAUGCAAGGCCCGAUAUUCACCACAAGUCCUCGUUCGCGCAACCCGUCGGAGGAGAGGAGAGACAUCAGAGCGAUUCACCCGCCGGACGAUCGGAAGGACUCGAGAAUGUCUCAGUCGGCCUUCCAGCCGAUCCCCAACAUCAGCCAGAGCACCAUAAUGGAGCAACGCCGACACCUGAGACACGUUAGCGCCGAUCUGACGAAACACAUGGAACUCACGAGGAAGGAUUUCGACGAACAACCUAUCACGGGUUCCGUGGUGAAUCUGGGCUCAGUGGCUAGCACCGUUUCGUCGCAGAGAGCUAGUCCGAAUCUCUGUCACCAGUACCCGGCUCUCAGUGAGGCUAAACUAGACACGAAGACCGUACUAACUGUGGUGACGGAUUUCGGCGAGAACCUGACGAACACCAGUAAGCCGAUCGACCAAGUCGAUCAUAUAAUCCACAGCCACCGCAAGAGCCAUAAUAUCUCGUCGAAUUUGCUCACCCACAGCAAGAGUCAGACAGAGAACCUACAGAACACGCUUGACGGCCAAGGCGAGAAAACGGACUCGCUUCAGGCGCAACAGCAACAACAACAACAACAGUUGCAAAACCAACAGAGUCUUGAUUUGAUAUCCGAGAAGCUGAGCCAAUUCGAGCGUCAGCAAAGCGACCUCCAAGCUAAGCUGCAAUGUCUCCAGAAUCAGAAUCAGAUAUUGGACAAGGUAGCGCAGUUUCAGCACCAGCAGAGCGAUCUCCAGGUUCGCCUGCAGAGCCUGCAGAAUCAGAGCCAGUUGAACGACAAGACGCACAAGAUGUCCGCCGAUUUCGCGCAGCUCCCGAUCACGGCUGACACCCAUCAGAUUCAAGCCAGCCCGCUCCCCAAUCAUCAAGAACAAACGUCGGAUAAAACUUGCACGGCGCACGGUCUUCACCAGACGCUCCUGACUACUUCGUAUCCGCAAAAUGCCAGCUUUCAGGCCUGCCAAUCGUCGGUGUGCGAGAAACUGACGCCCCGCGUACAGCACGACGCUUCCGACCCGAAUUCCAUUCAGAUACCGAACAUGUCGCAGAUGCCAUUACCGUGCCUGCCGCAAUUCGAUCGCGCCGACACGUCGCGUACUUCGUUUUCUCAGUUUCACCGACUCCAGUGUCAAAUCGAGGGCCACGAGGGUGCUUCAGCGGCGAGCGCCGGUCUACCCGCCAGCUCUUUCACCGGUACGCUGAAGAAGAUACCGCCGGAGAAGCCGCCGAGGACGUCUUUGAUAGUGCAGUCGCCGGAAGCGGAGAGUAACCGCAGCCAGCCUGCCAUCGGUCUAAAGCAGACGCCGAAAGCGCGGGUGAAAGCCAAAAACCCCCGGAUGGACGACCACGAGAUUCAAUCCACGGUGGAGUCUAUACUCGGGCCCGGUGCCAAGGUAGUGGACUGCGAAAAAAAGUCCUGCGUGAGAAAGGAGGAAGUCCUGCUGAUAAACGGUGUACCGAUCCCCCUCGAGGAGCCGGACGGAGUCGCUAUGCGAGAAGCCAUGAUAACCGGCCAAGUCCCACCGUGCGAUCUUCUCAACCAGAUUCUCGUCAAGGCUGGGAUUCUAAGGGCCCCGGUGAGACUCGAGACGUCCUUGAGCGUGAAAUCGUCCAUCGUGACGAAGGAGGAUGUCACCGUGGCGCGCGGUGGUAAGGUCGUUGACGAGAGAAGUCGCGAGACCAAGGAGAACAAUUAUUACGCGUCGUCGACCAGCGAGAUAUGGGAACCGGUGGGAAUCGUCCACCGGCCGCGGAACAUCAAACCCUUCGACAGCUCGGACGACUCCAGGCCGAACUCGAACGCCAGCUCCGACCAAGGCUACACAAGCACCAACACUAGCAGCAAUCACGUCCUCCGGGAGCGUGGCGGCGCCUCCACCGCGGGAUGCCCAAUCUGCGAGGACAACGAUCCUGAGUGUACCAGGAGGUGUCUGGGAGGGCUGACCGGUCUCAGCGGGGACAAGAUAGCCGGUGUUCGAACGACCACGUCGGCGCCAACCAUUUUCGGGACGGUGGCCUCGGACCUGAACCCCAAGGACGGGAACAGCCGAAAGAGCUUACCGCAAACACCAGCCGGUGGUAUCGGUGGAAAAGCAGGGGCUAGCGGCACCGGUUCGGCCGCUGGAAUGGUUAAUGGUGCCGGUGCCGAUCAUGAGAACAUCCGCGACGGCGCUGGCAUUGACACAGAACUCGCUUUGGUGUACCGAGACGGCAACCUCGUCUCAGGCUCACUCGAGGCGUUGGUGCAGCACAUGGUGCCUACGGAGGAAUAUUAUCCCGAUCGGGCGUAUCUCUUCGCCUUUUUGCUGAGCGCCAGGCUCUUCAUCAAGCCGCACGAACUUCUGGGCGAGGUUUGCGCUCUCUGCGAGCAUCAGCAGAAUCUGAAUGGGGAGGGCGGUAAGGAGCGGCUGCACCGCUUCGUGCCGCGGCUGGUGCAGCUGCUGGCGGAGUGGACGGAAACAUUCCCGUACGACUUCCGGGAUGAGAGGGUGAUGGGUCACGUCAGGUCCAUCACGCAGAAAGUCGCUGCGGUCGACGCCGCGGCCAGGCAGGAAGUUUCGGCGCUGCUGCAAAACUUGCUGCUACGACUGACGGCCCUGGAAAGGUACGAGGAGGGCUUGGCCAGGCUGGCGACCGAGGCAGCGACGGAGCAGCUUACACAGGUGGACAUCACCGAACUCUGUCCAUCGGCCACUGUGUUGGCGCAGCAGUUGACUCACGUGGAACUCGAGAGGCUCUCUUACAUCGGGCCUGAAGAAUUCGUGCAGGCCUUCGCCAAGGAAUCACCGCAUUUAGAAACUUCCUUCAAAGAUAUGAAGAAAACCCGAAAUCUCGAGUCGUACGUUCAGUGGUUCAACAGACUGAGCUACUUCGUAGCGACGGAGGUCUGCAAGCAUGCGAAGAAGAAGCAACGCGUCCGUGUCGUCGAAUAUUGGAUCGAGACCGCCCGAGAAUGCUUCAACAUCGGCAACUUCAAUUCCCUGAUGGCGAUCAUCGCUGGCCUCAACAUGUCCCCGAUAUCUCGCUUGAAGAAGACGUGGUCGAAGGUGCAAUCCGCCAAGUUCUCGAUUUUGGAGCAUCAGAUGGACCCGAGCAGUAAUUUCAGCAGCUAUCGCAGUACGUUGAAGGCCGCGAUGUGGCGUAGCGCUGGCGCUACAGACGAACGCCAGCGGAUCGUAGUGCCCUUCUUCAGCCUUCUCGUUAAGGACCUUUACUUCCUCAACGAGGGUUGCAGCAACAAACUGCCAAACGGUCACAUCAACUUCGAGAAGUUCUGGCAGCUGGCGAAGCAAGUGACCGAAUUCAUCGCGUGGAAACAAGUCGCCUGUCCGUUCGAGAAGAAUCCGCGCGUCAUUGCCUUCCUCCAGGCGAGCCCCGUGCUGACGGAGAACACACUUGCGCUGGCGUCUUUCGAGUGCGAGCCGCCCGACAACAAUCCGGAGAAGGAACGUUACAAAGCUUUAAAGUCCGAGAUGAACGCCCAGUGAAAACGAGCUAUGCCGAGGCAUGCCGAAUGGGAACGGUAUUGAUAUACAGAUCUAUGAAGAUACAUUUAUAAAUAUUAAUAUAUUCGUAAUCGUAAUUAGAGUUUACCCGCGAAACAAGACGACGGGGAGGGAGGAGUGAAUAGUGGGUGGAAGAGCAACAGUACGGACUAUAAAGUAUUAUUUCCGGGCGUGAGCCACGUGACAGACUUGCGUGUCUCCGUCUUGCGAAUUGACACGAGGUCGAGAGAACAAUGCUCCAUCAUGAUGACUCGGCAGCCGUCGACGAGAACGUCGUUCGAUCGAUCCGUACAGUCAUCGUUGACUUUUCCAUCGCGUCACCUUCAAUUAUUCGCCCGUAGCGCCGCCCGAUUGUGAUUCGCAACACGAACAGUUCGAAGGUAUUAUAUCGCGUCACAUUUUCAACCUUCAAUGCUCCACGCUCUAUCUCGCUCCGUCAUUCGUCGUGCGAAAAACAGCACACGGGUGAUGGCCGGGCGAAUUUUAUUUUGCAGCAAUUGGUCGCAGCCGAAAGGUCGCACGAAACCGUCAGUAUUAAUCAGCGCGAAAUUAAUCGGUACAGAUCGAUCGACGACGGUAUUCGCCGACGUCGUAAGCACCGGGGGAGCCCGAGAGGUAUCUGAGACCAUGUCGAUGGCCCGGGAACCUUCACGGUCGACGUGGCGCGAGAAUCAGACACGCCAGCGGCACACGACUGCAAAAUUCGCUCGGCAAUGCUCGCGGUAGCCGUUAAGUAUAGUUCCUAAGCCCUUCGGCCCGUCGGUGGUUUUUCCCUCGAGCGAGAAGAAAAUGAAGAAAAAGAAAAAACGAAGUAAAGAGAAUCGCCGCGACCCACCACCCCCACGGAUACCUCCGGAUGACCUCGUGAGUGGGAUCCUCCGGAGAUUCGCGGGAGAAACGCGGCUCGAGUGAGACGCGAUCGGCGCGUUCGAUCUUUUUGUACAUAGCCCUUUUGAUAUAACGCUAACGCAGGCUCCUAGAUGUGUGAGAAGUAGGGUCGUUCCUGUAGUGUAAUAAGAGAAGAGCGCCCGCGCGCGACGAAUUCGCGCGACUGUAGGUCGUAAUAAUUAAUGAUAAUGAUAACAAUAAGGAUCGUCGUGCACGUACUUAAGCGGAGAAGGAUUCAUUCACCGAGGACGGUCAAUCGAGGCGAGGAAGAUCGAGAAAAGUCGGAAAAUCACGGCUUAAAGCGACACGGCUCUCUCUCUCUCUCUCCCUCUUUCUCUUUCUCUCUCUCUUUUUCUCAUUGUGCGGUGGAAGCUCGUUCUUUCACGCGUUCUCCGGCGGUUCUUAUCGGUCGACGUGCGAUCGAUGACAGUCGUCUGCUGUGACUCUCUUUCCGGCUUCUUUGCUGUGUGACGCACGUAAAAAAAAUUAAAGAAAACAGAAAGUAUACUGUUUUCGUGCGGGCGCGCAGAAACGACGCGCGAUCGAGGAGGAUGAUUCGAUUAGCGGCGUAGCGUGUUUUCUCGCGGAAAUUCGGCCGAAAAAUCCCGGGUGGAAACCCGGAGAAAAUGUGCCGCGAGCAAUUUUUAUUAAACACGUCGCCGCUGCACGACGAAUUAUUCUUGCGGGUCGUGACGCGAUGUAUCCGGAAGGUCUGCGAAAAUUACCGCCCGCGUCCGGUUUCUGUCAAUAUUUGCCGGCGCGAUUCAAUUAACGAGUGAUUUAUCGUAAGUCGCGACGAAUUUUCCCAGCGAAAUAUAUCCGCGAAUCCGAUUCGUUCAGGCACAUUCGGACGCUCCGGGUAAAGGGGAGGGGAAAAAAAAGAAGGCGAAAUUAUCGUCGACGAUUGGUAAACCGGCUUUCCGCCGGGGACGAAUUGGGCUCGGUGUUAAUUAGCGUGAUUAAUAAACGUAAAUGUAGUGUGCCGUGCCUUCCGUCAAACGUAACCAAGAUAUGAUUAAAACAACGCAAAAUUUACGAAUUAUAAAAUAUUACGAGAAUAUUGAGCUCGAUAUAUCUUUCUCUUUCUCUCUCUCUCUCUCUCUCGUUCUUCCUCUCUCCCUACUCUUUACUCUUUCAAAACGAGACGCGUUUUUGACGCGUGCGUCACUGUUUUCCGCGUGAUCACACGUGAUCUCCCGUUGAGUGAAAUAAGAAAAAAGAAAAGAAGAAAAAAGCCGAUGUCUCUCCGCAGAAAUGAAAAGAAGGAAAAGCCGGGAACACGAAUCCGCCGUAAUGAUAUGUCAAAGUAGAACGCCCGUUUCCUUUUGCAUUUUCGGCAAAUACCUUUUUGCCCGGACGAAUUCGAGAAUAGACAGACACAUGUGUUUCUUCGAACAGUUAUAGGGACCAAGUGUUCGUUUCUCCCUGGGUAACGCGAACUUUGCCCAUGGCACGGCGAAAUAAUGCCGGCAAAUCGCGAUGGCACCGAUCGUAGAUGGGGAAAAUAAAGCAGCGCACUGCGUGUGCCGAAUUUCACACGCAAUGGGGGUCGGGACUUCGCGGACUGAGAGAAAAAUCGCAUGCAAAAUCGCGAAAACGCGCGAUCUCGCCUAACCGAAAGAAAUAGGCUGCGCGAUCGCGACGCGACAUUGUGUAACCAACGUUUCGCGAUUUUUCGAGGCGAUAAAAGUCACGGAGUCACAAGAGGUAAAGUUUCUCCUCCUUUCCGCC